AUGUUUGUGUAUGUGGAUGAUGUGCUGGUGAUAGGAACUAGCUUAUCGCUCAUUCAACAGGUGAGGAAAGAUCUACAAGCCAGGUUUAAAAUGAAGGAUCUGGGAGAACUGACGUUUUUCCUUGGUAUUAAGUUCUUGAGAUCCAAGGAAGGAAUUUUGAUGAAUCAAAGGAUGUAUGCACUUGAGCUAGUGUCUGAAAUGGGAUUAGUAGGUAGUAGAACAGCUGCUACUACUCUAGAGUUCAACCACAAGCUCUUCUCUGUAGAACUAGACAGGAUUUUGCACACUAAUGAGAACUCAGUUGACAAAGAAUUAGAAGAUAGAAGCAGCUACCAAAGGCUGAUUAGCAGACCGUUAUACCUAACUAUGACUAGGCCUGAUAUUGCCUUUGUAGUUCAGGUAAGUGGUCCAGAAGGGGCAUCAUGA